CUUUGAAAAACAAGCCCUUCGGCUGCUUUUGUGGACCAAGUUCUGAGACUGGGAGUGCUCGAGACAUCUUUGACAGUUUGAGUUGGGAGGAGCCUGUGCUGAGCCGACCUUAUCAUGGAACUGGACGACUUUGAUCCUGAAGACGAAGAGAUACUGAGCUGGGACAUCAAUGACACAAAACUGCCUCAGAAUGUGAAAAGGACUGACUGGUUCCAGGAGUGGCCAGACUCCUAUGUGAAACACAUCUACAGCUCAGACGACAGGAACGCACAACGCCACCUGAGCAGCUGGGCGAUGCGCAACACCAACAACCACAACUCCCGGAUCCUCAAGAAGUCGUGCCUGGGGGUAGUAGUGUGCAGCAGGGACUGUUCCACUGAGGAAGGCCGCAAGAUUUACCUGAGACCCGCCAUCUGUGACAAAGCCAGGCAGAAGCAGCAGAAGAAAAGCUGUCCUAACUGCAAUGGGCCCCUGAAGCUCAUUCCUUGUCGAGGUCAUGGCGGCUUCCCAGUCACGAACUUCUGGAGGCAUGACGGACGCUUCAUCUUUUUCCAGUCCAAAGGAGAGCAUGAUCAUCCCAGGCCAGAGACAAAGCUAGAAGCAGAGGCAAGAAGAGCCAUGAAGAAAGUGCACAUGGCAUCUGCCUCCAGCUCCUUACGGAUGAGGGGGAGACCGGAAACGAAGGCUCUUCCAGGUGAAAUCCCAAGUCAGGGAAGUUUACCUUUAACUUGGUCAUUCCAGGAAGGCGUCCAACUGCCCAGCAGUUACAGCACACCUUUAAUAGCUAACGCCCCCCAGCAGAACUCCCUGAAUGAUUGCCUGUCCUUCCCCAAGAGUUAUGAUUUGGGGGGAACCACUGAGCUGGAAGAUCCAACUUCCACCUUAGACUCCACAAAGCUCUAUGAGAGAUACAAAUUCUCCAGCAGUAGGAUCUACAGCAGUGAAGACCAGUUUCAGCCUCCUGUCCCUGGGGUAUACGGAGAUUAUGACGACCUGCAAGCUUGGAAUAAAAAUGCUGCCUUAGGGAGAAAUCCUACUGAUGACACCUACUACCCAUCCUAUCCUCUGCCAGCAACCAGCUGGCCCUAUGACUACUUCCCCUCUCAGAAUUCUUUGGAGCACUUUCCCCAACAGGUUCUAUCAGAACCACCUGCAGCCCAACCCAACAGUCAUCCCUUGUGGCCCAAUCCCGGAGGUGAGCCUUACGAAGAGAAAGUGCCCGUGGAUUUCAACAGCUAUGUGCCUUCCCUCCCGUACCACCCGCCUCAGCAGGACCCCUUUCUGCUCACCUAUGGCUCUCCUCAGCAGCAAUAUGCACUGCCUGGCAAGAGCAACAAGUGGAAUUUUGACGAAGAGAUGGCAUGCAUGGGCUUGGAUCACUUCAACAACGAGAUGCUCCUAAAUCUCUGUUCUCUAAGAUAACUCAAAGCUCCCCAUCCCCUUCUCCCAAUC